GGAAAAGCUGGAAGGAACCUUUAACCGCAAACUGAGGAAUUUUCUGACAGGAAACUGCGGAUGCCAAAUAUCGUUCAACGUACAUCACGUGACCUUUUGAUCCUCUCACUGAGAGUGAGGGGUUUUUUGCCGCUUUGAGCUCAUCGGAACCGAAUGUUGGAUCGCGUGCGGGACCGCGGAUGCGACUUCAGCUACAGUACUAUAGGGCGCAUGAUGAUGAGGUGACAAGAAAUCUGUAAAAACUCCACACGAGUCUUUCAGGCAUCAUGAUCCUCCUUUCUAUUUCCAUCUUCUGGCUCUCUGUCUGUGUGGACCCCAUCAGUGCAGAUCCUCCCAUUACUGUAGAAGCUCAUGUGGGUUCCACAGCUCUCCUGCCAUGUAACCUGAGUAAAGUCUUCACCCAAACACCAGUUAUUCGGUGGCGUGCUGAUAAUGAGUUUGUGUUUGAGCGAAGCUUUAAUGAUACACAUGAGGGUCCAGGAUAUGAAGGACGUGUGGACGUUCCUGGGGAUGAGCUGCAUAAAGGAAACUGUUCUCUGGUGUUGAAGGACGUCAGAAUCACUGAUCACACUUUCUACAAAUCCUUCAUGGUCGUACAUGUGGAGGCUACUAAUGCUAAGGACACAGAAAUCAGCAAGGUUCAACUUGAUGUUUUUCAGAGUGUAUCAGCUCAGGUGGGAUCCACAGCAGUGCUGCCAUGUGACUGGAGACAUCUGUCCAUCCAAACACCUCAUGUUGAGUGGCGUGCUGGUGAUGAGAUCGUGUUUGAGCGACUGGGUAAAGAGUCAUUUCAGGGUAAAGGAUAUGAGGGACGUGUGGACGUUCCUGAGGAGGAGCUGCUUAAAGGAAACUGUUCCCUGGUGUUGAAGAACGUCAGUGUUACUGAUGAAACUUUGUACAGCAGCUACAUUGUUGUGAAGAACAUCAACAAAUUGGUGCAGAACAUUAAACUCUCAGUCAGUGAAAAAUCUGAAGAUAGGAAAGAUGAUCCCUCAGGUGAAGCUGAUGGAAUGAACCUGCUGAUCAUCAUCACUGUUUGCAUCAUGUGUUCAGUUCUUCUUUUAUUUAUUGCAAUUUUAAUAUGGAGGAAAUAUCAGUGUAAUUUCACAAACUGCAGAGACUCCAGUGAUCUCAGGAGCUCCAUCUCACAGAAUAAUAGAAAUGAGGAAGAUCUCAGUGUAUCUCCUUUAAAACAACAAGCGAACAAAUGUGAGGUGCAGGAAAACAUUUCUGAUUGAUUCUCACAUGAAGCUGUGAUGCUGAAACACCACAAUAUCUGCACUUGAGAAAGACUCCGUAUUUACCAAGAGAAGUUCAUUAAUUACAGCUACUAGCAGGUGAAAGCUUUAUUAUUUUCAUACAUAAAUAAGAUUAAUCUCCACUCAUCACCACAUAAUGACUACAUUAGAUUUAUGUAGAUUUUAGUAGAUUUAUGAGAAUGUUUAUGUAUUAUCAGCCUGCAACAUAAAAAAAAUUGAAGGGAGUCUGAAUACGUUCUAACAGCACUAUAUAGUUUAUAUUCAUAUGAACACUACAAUACAUUAAAGAUCCAUAAGAACACUACAAUACAUUAAAAAUAAAUAUGAAGCAGCUACUGAUGCGAUUCGAUUCAUACCAUUACGAUGCCUUUUCGCAUGCACGUCUUUAUAGUUUUACUGUUGUGUCUGCAGGAAGAUGCAGCUCUACCUCUGCCAUGUUAAUCUGUAUUCUAUGUGACUCUUACGACACGCCUCUGUCUCCGAAGUGUCAUGAUACGUCAUAUUCAUGAAGCAGCAGCGGUACAGAGGGAGGUGGUAGCUCAGUGGUUAAGACAUUGGGCUUUGGAUCAGAAGAUCACAGGUUCAAAUCCCACCACCACCAAGCUGCCACUGCUGGGCCCUUGAGCAAAGCCCUAAAACCCUCCCCUGCUCAGUUGUAAGUCGCUCUGGAUAAGGGCGUCUGCCAAAUGCCGCAAAUGUAAAUGUAAAUGCGCUCGAAAAACUGUUUAGUGAGCAGAAAUAAAUCUACACAUUAAAUAUCAGUCACAAAUUAUUGGUCACUUUCUUCUUCUUUUGGCUGCUCCCAUUAGGGGUCACCACAGUGGACCAUCUGUCUCCAUACCCCACUGUGCUUUACAUCUUGCCUUUUUCACACCAACUACCUGU